UCUAUGUACGGUUGUUGUUAUUUUGCACUGAAUUUUUGAAAUCAAAUUAUAACACAAAAAUUAUUUCUGUUGUGAUAAAAGAUGGGUAAAAAGAAAAAUAAGAACAAGUUAAGCGGAGCAGUUAAAACUGCUGCUAAAACCGAUAAGAAGCUAGCAAAUAAAUUAAAAAAGGAGUUGGCGAAUCUGGGUGAGGAAGAUAUUGCAAAAGUUAUAGCAGAAAUAGAGAGAGAGGAAGCAAAACGUGCUGCAGCUUCAGAGAAAACAUUAACUGGUCCGCCAUCUUCAAGAGCCUAUGCUACACUAACUCCUCAUCCCACUAGCAAUGAACUAAUUAUGUUUGGUGGGGAGUUCCAUAAUGGACAAAGAACAGAAGUAUACAAUGAGCUGUUGUUUUACAACCCUGCGAAUGGUAGUUGGAGGCAAGUGAAGGCCCCGGGAGCUCCACCCCCAAGAAGUGCCCACCAAGCUAUUGCUACAUCUGCUAAUAAAGGUGAGCUAUGGAUAUUUGGGGGAGAAUUCACAAGCCCCACAGAAACUCAGUUCUACCAUUACAAGGAUCUAUGGUGUUUUUCACUGACUGAAAAGAAAUGGGAAAAGGUAGUAGCCCCAAAUGGCCCAUCCCCUAGAUCGGGUCAUCGAAUGGUGCUACUUGGUCGUAAGCUCUUCACAUUCGGAGGUUACUGUGACGACGGUCGCGAGUGCCGGUACUUUGAUGACCUGUACACUUUCUGUCUGGACACCCGGCAGUGGGAGAAGUUGACACCCAGCGGGAGAGGACCCUGUGCGAGAUCUGCAUGUGUUAUGCUGCCCAUUGGAAAUGAUUCGUUGGUCAUCGACGGUGGGUUCUCGCGCGUGCGCGAAGGUCGCGCGGAGCGCACGCAGAACCACAUGGAUAUGUUCAAGCUGAGUUGCAAGGGCCAAGCGUGGUCGUGGCGCGCUCUCACGGGCGCCAAGACCAGCCUGGCGGGCCGAGCCGCCGCCGUCAAUGCACCCAGCAAUAGAGGCUACGUGUUCGGCGGCAUCUGUGAUUUCAUAGAAAACGAAGAAGAGUUGACAGGAGUAAUGAGCGACGAUCUUUCGAUGCUGGAUCUUGAGAAGUGCCGCUGGCACGCAGUCACACUGCGCUCGGAGCAGACCGCACCAUCCGCACAAACUUCUGCAGCAACCGCCGAAGCGACCGCAACAGAGAACUCUGAUGCGAAGGAAAUCGAACCGUCCGAAGAAGCCGUCACUGUGGUAACGGAUGAAGUAUUCACCAUGAAGCUGGGAGGUGCACCUGUACACACAGAGUCGGACACAGUUGUGACUGUAGGGCAACGACAAGAGAAGAACGGUCCUAGCGCGCGGAUGUCGGCCAUGUUGGCCGUUCAACGGUCUGUCCUCUACGUGUACGGCGGCGUGCUCGAAAAAGACGAGAAACAGUUCUAUCUGGGAGACAUGUACAGCCUGGAUUUGCACAAAUUGAAUGAAUGGCAGACACUUAUCGAACAACAGCCGUUGCCCGAUUGGCUCGGCUCCGACAUCGAGGAGUAUUCCACUUCAGGAUCAGAGAGCGAGACGGACGAUAGCGAGGACUCUGGAGAGGAAUAGAGACGGAUAUAAGUGUAACAGUAAUUUUUACAGCCGGAGAGCUGGUGGGAAAAUUUCGGGAAAUGCUUGAAAAGUGUUGGGAUGCUGUAAAUUUAGUUUCCCGUGCCGUGAUUAUUUAAUACUAUUAAUUUAUUCGCAGUUUAGUAGUAAAGCUUUUUGUGACAGAGUUCGAAGUACUUAUUUCUUUUGCAAUGCUGUGUUUCGAUCUGAAGGUCGUAGGUGCCGGUUUUUAAAUUUGGAAUUAUAGACACAUGAGGCUUAACACCUACGCCUCGGAUUGGUGCAGGACGUGACACAGGGCGGCACGUUGCAGGACGUGUUUCUGGCCGGCCCUGCGAAUGUUUGGUUUCCACUUAACAUCAGGUGGCACAAAAUUAUGACUCUUAAAAAGGUUUUAUAUCGCUAGUGUAGUGGUGACUUUUAAUUUGCGAGCAAUGGUUCUGUUAAAUAUGUCAGUAUUAAACAUUCGCAAAUAAAACAAUCCGAUUAUUAGUUCAUGAGACGAAUUUACUGCGUUGUGUCCAAGCAAGGCGAAAGUUUCAAACCUGGGCGUUAGUAAAGGACAAGAAGAGUCUGAAAGAUUAUUAAUCUACAAGUUUUAAAUACUUGUUUAA